GCUCACGUCCAACGCGUGGUUCUCUCACGUUGCUGUAAGUAGAGCUGAUCGGUCCGUCAUUUUUAAAGGGUUUUUACAUGUUUAAUUGAAAUUCACCACUCUGCGUCUUAGACUGAAGCCUUUUUGGUCUAGGGGUGGAGUGGAGACGUUCAGCGGCGGGACAGAAGCGAUCUUUCGGGCAGCUCAUCGCGGUACAUUUGAGGUGUGUUCGAGGAGAAAUGGCCACUGAGGUGGAGACUGUCCUGCCAAACAACCGUCUGCUCACACAGGAGGAUCACGAGCAGAGCGAUCGUGACGGAGCGUCAGAACAGGCUGGAUUCCUCAUGAAGGAGCAGACGAGCCUGAAACGAGCGAAAGAUGAGAGCAACAAUCAAGUGAAGGUGAACUUACACCAAGAGUGCGAAGAGCAGGAGAAAGCUGCUAAAAAGGAGUUUACUGAAGCUCCACCGCCCAAGGUGAACCCGUGGACGAAGAAGAUGAACCCGAUGAGCAGCAGUGUCAACGGCCAAACGCAACAAGAUCAUUCUGGGCCCACCAAGGUUGUGAGGGCAGGAAAUGCAAGAGCGAGACGAGGAGGAAAGGUUGGGGACUUCGGAGAUGCUAACAAUUGGCCGACACCAGGAGAGAUUGCUACAAAAGAAGUUCAGGUGGUGAAGUCAACAAUCAAACGAGAGUCUAAAGGAAGGAGAGAGAAUGAAGAGAGUAAAGAAAACCUGAAAUCUAAAUCAGACGAGUCUGGAGAAGAGAAGAGCCCGGAUGAAGACAGCCAGAGGAACGGACAGAAGAAGAGAGGGAAUAAGCACAGGUGGGUUCCUCUCAUGAUUGAGGUGAAGUCGGAGGGUCCUCGUGAGCGCUCUGCGUCCAGGAAUAACACGCGUCAAUAUGAUGGCCAUAGAAUCCCCCCCAACAGCAGGAAUGACUUGAGAGACUGGCACAGUGGAAAGUUUGAUCACGACUUUAAAGAUGAUCAUGAUGAAGUGUCCAGUGUGAAGAGUGAGGGUGCGCCCUACAGAGGCGCUGUUAGAGGCCGUGGCCGCGGGAGAGGACGAGGACGAGGACGCGGGAGAGGAGCUAACAGAGGUCAAUAUGAAUACUACCAUGGCUAUAAAGGCUUUGAUGGGAAGGAUGGUGCAUACGGGCAGAAGUUCAACAGCACAGUGACGUAUUACUAUGACAACAUGAGCAGCACUGACCUGUAUAAUACAGUGGACCAGGAACUGCUGAAGGACUAUAUCAAGAGACAAAUCGAGUAUUACUUCAGUGUUGAUAAUCUGGAGCGAGAUUUCUUCUUGCGUAGAAAGAUGGAUCAAGAGGGCUUCUUGCCCAUUGCUCUGAUCAGCAGCUUUCACCGCGUGCAGGCUCUGACGACAGACAUCAACCUCAUUUUAGAGGCGCUUAAGGACAGUAAUGAAGUGGAGAUUACGGAUAUGAAAAUUCGCUGCAAGGAGGAUCCUGAAAAAUGGCCACUGCCUGGGUUGUCUUUACAGGAUCAAUCCCAGACUGAUUUUUCUCAGUUCAUCAACUGCCCAGAGUUUGUGCCCAGGACUGUUGUGGACGAUCAGACAGGUUCUCCAAGAGCAUCCACGCCGGUACAGCCAAAGCCAGAGGAAGUUAGUAAUCUGAAGAGCAUGCCGAAGGGUUUAUCAGCCAGUCUGCCUGAUCUGGACUCGGAGUCGUGGAUUGAAGUGAAGAAGAGGCCCAGACCCUCACCAGCUCGACCCAAGCUGUCCGUGUGUGAAGCAAGUGUUGCACUGAUGUUAAAACGCUCGUUGCAGAAAGCGGAAGAGGCACACACACCAGUGCGGUCCAGUCUAGUGUCAGCUGAAGACCAGGAGGAGCCUGAGGAACUGGACUUCAUGUUUGAUGAGGAGAUGGAGCAGAUCGACGGGAGACGCAACACCUUCACCGAUUGGUCGGACGAGGAUUCGGACUGUGAAAUCGACGAUCGAGACGUCAACAAGAUUCUAAUAGUUACUCAAACGCCACCUUACCUGCGCAAACAUCCGGGAGGAGAUCGCACGGGAAAUCACACGUCACGCUCCAAACUAACCAGUGAACUAGUCAAAAUCAUUAAUGAUGGACUUUACUACUAUGAGCAAGACCUCUGGGAUGACACGUAUGAGCCUGAAUAUGCCACGAUCAAGCAAGAAGUGGAGAACUUCAAGAAAGUUCAUCUGAUCAGCCGAGAGGAGUUUGACUGUUUGACCCCUGAACCGCCUGUUGACCCAAACCAGGAAGUUCCUCCUGGACCACCGCAGCCCCAGCAGAUCCCCACAGAAGCCCUCGCUAACAAACUGUUUGGUGCCCCGGAACCCUCCGCAAUCGCUCGCUCACUUCCAACUACAGUGCCUGACUCGCCCAACUACCGCAGUGCACGCACGCCUCGAACACCUCGUACCCCUCGGCUGAAGGACCCCACACAAACACCUCGUUUCUAUCCUGUGGUAAAAGAAUGCCGACCACUAGAUACCAAAACACCCCGGAAAAGAAAGACGCGACACAGCUCCAAUCCACCCAUGGAGUGUCAUGUUGGCUGGGUGAUGGACUCGAGAGAGCAUCAUCGUUCACGAACAGCCUCGGUCAGUUCAAAUGCAUCUCCCUCUGAAGGCCCCGCUGGGACAGGGAAUUACGGCUGCACGCCACAGUCGCUGCCCAAGUUCCAGCACCCCUCACACGAGCUGCUCAAAGAGAACGGAUUCACGCAACAUGUUUAUCACAAGUACCGGCGGCGCUGCCUCAACGAGCGCAAGCGGCUAGGCAUCGGCCAGUCUCAGGAGAUGAACACACUCUUCCGCUUCUGGUCAUUCUUCUUGCGAGAUCAUUUCAACAGAAAGAUGUACGAGGAAUUCAGACAGCUCGUAGUGGAAGACGGAAAGGAAGGAUACAGGUAUGGGCUUGAGUGCCUCUUCAGGUUUUACAGUUAUGGACUGGAGAGGAAGUUCAGACCAGACAUAUUUAAAGACUUUCAAGAGGAGACCAUCAAAGACUAUGAAGCAGGCCAGCUAUAUGGACUGGAGAAGUUUUGGGCAUUUCUGAAAUAUUCUAAAACAAAAAACAUGGAAAUUGAGUCCAAACUUCAGGAGCAUUUAAGCAAGUUCAAACGUCUAGAGGACUUCAGAGUGGAUCCACCCAUGGAGGACGGUGGUCGGAAGAGACACUCUUCCAGUAGUGACGGUCGGCGACGGCAUCCUUCUCAGCUGGCGAGCCGAAACCAGACACCGGUCGCUGCAGGCUCCGCCCCGCCCACCAGAGAUGAUGCCAAAAACUCAAGCCAGCGAGCGUCUGCGCAUGACGUCAAGUGAUCAUCAGCCUCUGCCGCAUGACACGGCGACUCGCCAACAAACUGCUCACGACUGUCAUAUCAUGGCUCUUCCAUGACCACCUGCAAACAUUUCUGAAUCAGAGACAGCAGAGCACAUGAGAGAUUCUUCCAUUCUUUGUUUUAUUCAAGACUUUGAAUUAGUUUUAUUGCUUUUGAGACUUUUAAGGCAACUUUACGCUAGUGCUACUUUAUAUCUUCAGGAGAGUCACGAUGUGAUUCCACCCUCAUUUAAUUUUUUCUUUUUCUAGUGCAUAAAGAUUGUGUUAACUGAAAUGUUUGCUCUUGACUAGAGUAGAUAAUGAGGAGACAUGCAAAUGCUCACAGAGCCGCUGUGCGAGCCACAUGAUUUUGUUGCGUUUUUUUGGGGGGGGGGUCGUCGUCGCUAAAUUUGAUGGCAAAUAAUACUAUAAAGUGGCAGGGCUGUAACAUAACAUCUGCGUCACUGUGACAUACCAGCCUGCCAAAAUCAGCAUGAUCAAGCUGAUUGACUUCUGGAAUCUGUUACAGGAGGAGGCGUUCAACAGAUGAGCACUGCAGUCAACUCUUCAUAUGAACUUGUAAUGAACAUUAGAGGAACGCUGAUGUUAGUUCUGUUCAUCCCUCAUUCAGCGGCACAUUUAGAAGAUCUAAUGAGAAUUGUGCAAGCAGCCAAACGUGAAUCAAUUCCAAAUGAAAGUGUUUAUCACCGUGUAAAUAUGAAUUCAAGAAAUUAAGAGACAUUUGCACCUGG